CGACGAUCACCGACCCGGUAUAAAAUAUGGCCAGUCCUCCAUAACUUGCAUCCCAACCACACACACACUACAAUGACCAAAAUCCUCUACGUCUUCGCUGGCUCCGUCUGGGCCGCCGCCGCCGAACUCGCCAUUGCGGAGCUUGGGUACACCGAGCCCAAUCUCAUCGUCAAGACCGUCAACCUCAUCGAGGGAGAGAACUUCUCGCCCGAUUUCAUCAAGAAGAACCCUAACGCGACCCUCCCCACGCUUGAAGAGGACGGCAAGUUCUACACAACCACCGCGGACGUGAUUGCAGUCCUCGUCAAGGACGCGCCAAACAAAGUCAAGGCCGGAACGUCAAUCGUCCAAACUAUCCACGACGACAAAUACGACCCUAACUUUGCCAUGCUCUUGACGCGUAACGAAGAGGAGCUCGCGAUCAAGAGCAAAGGUCUCGCAGGUUUAUUCCUUGGCAACCGCCAAAAGGCUCUGGAGAAAUACCUGCAAGACCCCGCUGCAGCACCCUACAAGACAUUCCUCGAAGGCAAGAAGGCUUUCAACGGAGGCAAGUUGUUCAAUUUUCUAUCCAAACACUAUUUGUUGACAUGGACCCAAGGUCUACUAGCCGUCGUCAACGGGACCGCCAGCGCUGAGCACAAGGCCGGAUUCUUCGCACAAUCACAAGCCCAUUUUGCCUCGGUGAAGACUGGGCUCUACGAGGUUGUGCCUGGUUUGCUUCCGGAGAGUGGUUUCAUUGGCGGAGAGAUCCCUGGAGAAGAUGAUUUCCAUGUUGGCGCUUGGCUUACACGUAUUGCGGCCACAACUGGAGCAACAUCGGCCGACAACGGAGUGGAGUCGCUUGGUAAAGCAUAUGGAGGGCCAGUGCCGGCUAAAGUCGCCGCAUAUUGGGCGGCGUGGACAGCCCGCCCCAGUUGGAAGAAGGUCUAUGCCUCGAGCCUUCACUAG